AAAUAGAUGUGUCAAAAACGUGUGCGCUGUUGCGUUUGUGGUUAUCUUUUUAUUAUUGUAGCUAAUUGAAUCAAUUUAUACUUAAAAUAGUGUGAAAACAGCACGCAUAAACCUAUUUCUAACAAAACGGACAAACACCAACCACCAAAAUGGCUAAAAAGGGCAAAGCGAAGAUCAGCAAGGUGAAGCGGAACAACCAGACCACGAACAAGAUGAAGAAGCAGGGUACAUUAAGGCUGCAGAGGCAUCGGACUAAGGUCCAGAAGCAGCGGGCUCCGGCGGUUCCCCAGGUGGAGUACAGCAGCGACAGUGACUCGGCGGAGGGCGAGGAGUGGGCGGACAUGCUGGACGAGGAUGAACAGAAGUACAUCAUGAGCCGCCUCGCUAAAGACUCGUCAUUACUGUCCUCGGUGCCUGAUAAAGAAGAUGAUGCUAAAGAAACAAAGAAACGCAAGCGCAGCCGAGACAAGCCGAAAAAACCACAGCCAACAGAGCAAGACAGUGGUGCAGACUCCGACAGCUCUGUCUCGGACACCAGCGACAUUGAGGAGGCGUAUGAGGCGAAGGUGGCCGCACAACCCCCCAAGAAGUUGCGGCCGCUGCUGCCCAUUAAAACUAAGGAGGGAGUGGUGGAGAGGGCUGAGGAGUGUGCUGAAUCAGAAAGUGAAGAGGAAGAGCUUCCACCGCCAUCUCAACCGGGAGAACAACACUCAGAGUCAGACUCUGGUCUAGAAGGCACCGGGGAGGAGGGUGAGGACCCACCCCGAGCUGAUGAAGAAGGGGGGGUGAUAGGGGCUGUGCAGCUCAUGGCAGCAAGGAGAGAUACCCUGAACAAGGAGAAGUUGAGGAUAGGGUCGCUGUGUUCGUCUUUACUGGAGGCUCCAGAGAAAAAGCUAAAGAACCUAUACCCGAUCCUGUACCUCAUGGAAGAGUCUCUCAAGGACGGCACUCGCAACCUCGUCUCGGUGCGCAAGCUGGCCGCGUUGUCGGCGCGCGAGGUGUUCAAGGACAUCCUGCCCGACUACCAGAUACGACACCAGGACUACUCCACUGUCAAACUGAAGAAAGACACGCUCGCGCUGUACAAGUACGAGAAGGAGCUACUGGAGUUCUACAAGCGCUUCCUGCAGCGGCUCGAGAAGGCCACCGCGGUGCUGAGGCAGAGGAGGGGUGACCACCGAAAGAUCGACCCAUCCGCCACGUCCCUAGCCCAUGUGGCGCUAAGCUGCAUGUGUGAUAUGCUCACGGCUAAACCAAACUUCAACUACGCUCUCAACAUAGCGCAGAGUGUAGUCCCGCUACUGGGCUGUCGCGACCCGGUGGCAAGGAAGACAGUGAAUGAUGGACUUGUGGAGCUACUGAAGGAGGAUAAGAAAGGAGAUAUCACUCUUGUUAUAGUCCGCCUCAUAAACCAGCUAGUCAAAAAACGGGGGGAGCGCCUCCCCCCCUCCGCGCUGGACUGUCUGCUGGCGCUCCGCAUCCGCGACGUGGACCUGGAUGAACAGGCCACGCUCAAGGCCAAGCAGGCGCUCGACAAUAAGAAGAAGAAGAGGAUUAUUAACCUGUCUAAGAAGGAGAAGAAGCGAGCCAAGAAGCUAAAGGAAGUGGAGCAAGAGUUGCUCGAGACUGAAGCUCAGGAGAAUGACCUCGCGCGCAAGAAACAGAUGACGGAAGUGACGCAAAUAGUAUUCCACAUCUACUUCCGUAUUCUGAAGAACUCUCCCAAUUCCAAGCUGUUGUCUGCCGUGCUGACUGGGCUGGCCAGAUUCACCCACGUCAUAAACCUGGACUUCUACUCCGAACUCGUCUCUAUCCUGACCCGGCUCAUGUCGUCAGAGCUGCUGACGCUGCGCAUGCGUGUUCAAUGCGUGCGCUGCGCCCUCGCGCUGCUGGGCGGGGCGGCGCGCGCUGUCAGUGUGGACCCCGCCGGGUUGUGUGCUGCUCUUUAUCAGCAGAUGAUGGAGGCUGCAGGCACCUCCGACCCGGACACCUCCCGCGCUCUCCUGGAAUCCCUCUCCCUCGUGACCGCUCGCGCGCGCUCCGUGUCGGCGCCCGCGCUGGCGGCUCUGAGCAAGCGCGCCGCCGCCGCCGCCCUGCACUCGCCGCCGCAUCAGACGCUGGCGGGGAUGGUGCAGCUGCAUGCGCUUAUGCAAAACAAAGCGGUCUCCUCGCUGCUCGACACAUCAGAAUCCACCGGGUCCGGCCGCUACGACCCGUACAUACCGUCGCCAGAACACUGCAACGCGCACGCCGCCAUCUUGUACGAGCUUACAGCUUUAAGCAGACACUUCCACCCCACCGUCAGGGAGGUGGCGGCGGGCGUGCUGAAGGGGGAGGCGAAAAGUGGAUUGGAUAAACUAACACCAAUCCAAGUGUACAACCAGUACGACGGUUCCCAAAUGACGUUCAAACCUGCCGUUCCACCUCCCAAGAAGGUCGCUCCGAAGAGACUGGCCUACACACACACCUGGACGCAACCCUCCUUCAAAGAACAUUGUCUAGCGGUUGAAGAAGCUGUCCCGAAUACAAUCGAGUUCAAAGAAGCUCCAGCUAAGAAGAGAAAGAUGCGGUGAUGUUGGGUGUAGUUAGGGUUUGGAUAAGAAUAAAACGUUGACAAGUUA